AUGAAUGGUCAUAAUUCUUCCAAUCCAUUCGGUGUGCCUUCAGGACGAUUUAGGAAGUACCAAUCACCUUACGCAAACAGACGAAAUGCAAGUCGGUCAAGAGUGUUUAAAAAGAAUGAUAAUAGGACGGUAGUUUUGCCAGCUAUAGGUAAUUUCGAAGCAAAGCUAUCGAAUCAGAUCUUAGGAGAUACUGAUGACACCCUUAAUUGGGCUCAUUCAUUUAUACAGAGGGGCAGGCAACUGCUGUAUAAAAUCAAGACAGAUGAGCAAGCGUUCAAUAGAAAGCUAGCAGUGGAGCAGAGUCGGGAAUGUUUGAGGGAGUCCUAUGUUGCGCAGUUAAUAUCCCAAAAUGAUGAGGCAGAUGGGCCCAGUAAUGGGGUUGGUAGAGUUUCUGUUGGAAAUGGAGAGGGAGCUCAUUUGAGGAUGUGCGACGACCGUUAUGGUACGGACACCUCUUACAAGAACUAUGAGGAAACUAUAGAUAACAGUCUCGCAAGUUUUGCGAACGAUGAUAAUCUAUUAAAGGGGCAUGAGGGACAUAGGCAUGCGAUUAUGGUUUUAGAUGAGAGUUCUGAGGGUGAGGGGCCUCGUGUAGAUGUUGAAGAAUAUUCCAGUAAUCCUGAGGAGUUGAAGGGAUAUGAUGAAGAGAAGGCGGAGGAAAAUGAUAUAAAAAUAAUCGAAGAUAGCUACAAUUAUGAUUUAGGGAAAUAUAAGAGAGGACAUCAACAGGAAGAGGAAGAGGAAGAGGAAGAGGAAGAGGAAGAGGAAGAGGAAGAGGAAGAGGAAGAGGAAGAGGAAGAGGUAGAAGAGGAAGAGGUAGAAGAGGUAGAGGACUACAAUCGGCAGUAUUCUGCAAGUGAGGUAGAGACUAAUUUCGAGGAACUACCUCUUGAACACUAUUUGCAGAAUAGCAACGUAGCAGCGGUGCACACCGAUAGUGAUAACUAUAGCGAGGCUAGUAAGAGCUCAUAUGAAGUUCGAAAUCCAGAACAUGUUAUGAGUGACGGAUUGGAUUACGAUAUGGAUGUUGAUGGCAUGAAUGCUAUUUCUACAGGUUGGGAUUAUGGAAAGAAUGAUCCCAUAGACGAAAAAUAUGGGCAUAUUUCAGCCCAUAGUUCUGUUUCAGCAAUUUCGAGUAGCCAACAAGGGCAGGAAUAUAUGCCUUCUAUACGAUCUAUUGCGGGGCAAGCGCUCUAUACUACUCUGAAUAUGUAUUCGGAUGCAGUCCAGCCAGACUUACCAGAAUCCGAGGGGCAGAAUAACAUUUCAGAAAAAGGAUUAGGGGGCUCUGUAUUUGAUCCUUCUUUACAAGAUGACAGCAUUGAGGACAUCGGUAUUAAACAGUCAUCUACAUCUACCAACCGCGCUGAUUUAUCUCAAAACGGGGAUGGAGUUGUCCACUCCGAAGAUAAAGAGAAGAAUAUUCAAACUGAUGACAUUCUAGGGGAGUACGAAGAAGGUCUGGUCAACAGUGAUGAUCAAUAUAAGAUAGGUUCCUUUCCAAAAGGCAAAGGACAAGGGCUCGUUUCAAAUUUGAAGAUAUCAAAAGAAACUCCGAAACGCUUAAUACAUCAUAUUUUCAAAGGCUUAACAGGCAAUGAAGGAAUAUCAGAAGGAACAACCUCUCCAGCUGAUACAGAAAGUAUUUACUAUUCUUAUGAUGAAGAAUUAAACGUUAUUCAAGAUGAUUUAGUGGCUGCAGAAAAUCCUGAAGAAGGUUUAAAUGAGAAAUCUGAAAAGAAAAUGGAAGAAAAUUCCGAAGAGCAUCUACCAAAGUAUUGUUUGACAUACACUGGAUCGGCCUACAGUACUGACACAGAAGAUAAGAGUUCUGACAAUCAAAAUCAACUACAGCGGUAUGCGUCUGCAUUUGAGGUGAAUCCAUUUGAGGAACAAUCUGAUGUUGCUUUUGAUCAACUGCUGUUGAAGGGACUUCUAAAAAAACUUGGUAUUUCAUCCAAAGAGAGAGAUGUUACGUCCAUAAAUACUGGAUCUGGGGGAGCCGACGAUAACGAACGGAUCGAAGAGUUUUCAUCUAUUGGAAAUGAAGACAUAGAUAGAGCUUCAAUUGAAUCGGAGAAAAAAUCUGAAGCCAUUACUACAGACAGUGGAUUUUCAGACUUAAAUUUUAAGCCAGUUCUUGGUAAUGUAUCAGAAGUCUCGUCCUCGUCUCAUCAAGAGUUGGAAAUUAAUAAUUCAUAUGGAGGAGAUCCUGCUGGGGUGAAUAGUAAAUCAAUUGAAACUCAGCCUUCGAAUCAGCAAAUGUACUGUAAAUUACCUGAGAAAACAGUUACGCUAGACUCUGUAGAGGAGCCAAGUGCACCGUUUUCUUUGGAUCAUGAAGUGUCUGAAAAGAAAAGCAACUUCAAUGAAAAAUCAGAAAGUCAGUUAUCUUCGAAUGUUGCUGCAGUAACAUUCAAACAAUACUUCCCAACUUCACAGUUCUCAAGUCCACAUAUGAAGACUCCGGUAUUCCACCAUUCUAAAGAUCCCUCACCAGAUAUAUCUAUGCACCAUUACGUUAAUUCUGUUCUUAAUUCUACUUCGGAUCCAAAUAUUGAUGAACCUGAAAGUGUUGAUGCAGAAAUGGAAAGUUUAGAGCUUCAAGAUAUAACUAGUAAUGAGCCCCAAAUUCCAGGUGAUCUUAUUGAAACAGAACCAAAGAUAUCUUUAAGUGGUUCUCCCCAAUAUAUUUCCAAGGUAGAGGAGUUAAGUGAUAUAUGUUUAUCGAAAGAUUCGUCACCUAUAUCCCUAAAACAGGACCAGUUAGUGAACAAGGCAGGGCUGAGAGCGAAUAUCUUGGACUCAUAUUCUCGUGAUCGGAAGUUAUCUUCUAUUCAGGCUGCUUCAAGGGAUUCAUACACUGAGAUUAACAAUACUAAGAACAACAAUAGCAUUCUUUUUAAUGCAGAGGAUAAAGGACAGGUAAUCCAAGAGGCCCAAUUAGUUGUCGAGGGAAAUACUGCUCUGUCGCAGAAGUUGCUUAACUCGAUAGAUUUGGAUGUUGACUCUAACAAAAAGGGAAGCCAUCAUAACUCUCAGGACCAACUUUAUGUAUCUCAAAGUCCAAUUUGCUCUCAACAGAUCUCGAAGCAGAAUAAUAAAAUUGAAGAUCUCGAAUAUCAAACAAGACUACCAAAUCAUAAAUUGGUUGAUUUAAAACAUGAUAGGGCGGCAAAUUCUUAUGUAACAACCGCUGAAGACAGCCCAGAACGCAAUGAGUUAGCUGACAAAACCUCGGAAACAGAUCACUUUAAAUAUCAUGAUUCUAAAAUAGAGGACCCGAAAAAAUCCAUUGAUAAUUCUUUGAAGAGCAUCGAUCUAGAACAAAAAUCCGAUUCUAAAUCAAUAGAAUCAGAAGAAUCUGCGAAGACAGAAAAUAUAUUAACUGAGGAAUCACAACCUUUUGAACCGCGCCCGUCGUCUACUUCAAGAAUACUGAAGUCAUCUGUAUCAUCCCUGGGGAAGAUGUUGACACAUAUCAAAAGCAUUGCCUAUACCGCCAAAGGUUUAGUAGGUACUAUAGAUAUUGAAAACUAUACUUGUGAUGAUAUUACGGUAUCGCUACAGGACUCAAGGCGUUCUGACGAAAGUAAAAGGGUUAUAGAUAUCUCUCAAGAGCGAGAAAAUCAUCCAAAUAAGAUAAUCACCAACACUGAUACAGAAACCAAUGUGAAUGAGAUGUUUUCAAAGAGUAUUCUCAAAACCCCUCAAAAAGAAGAUAUGGGAACUGAAGGCUCCAUCGCUGAUCAGACAAGUAGUUGUGACUCUAGAAGCUCCCUAGCUCCUGAAGAAAAAGAACACAUUAUCGAAGAGGUAACAGUAUUAGAUAACUUAGGCCAAGUUGUAGAAGGCUAUGAAGAUAACACUACACCAGAAAUUUCCAAUACUAGAGAGCAGAAUCAUGACUCUGAACUUCUCAGAAAUAUCUUCAUUGACGACCACAUCGAAUUGUUUAUAGAUGGACCUGGACUAAAUUCUGCUUCGCAGUCCUUGCAGAUUGAAAAGCCAGUAAAAGUUGAAUCCAGAAGUUCCUUGGUCACCGAUUCAGUUCGUGAACAUACCUUACCUCUCAGUGCCGCAUCCGAACUUGAAGACAAAAUACAUCGAUUAGAUGAAAGUACUACUACUAGCAUACCAAUCGCUGCCUCUGAUGCGCUAAAUAAAAAGAAACCAAAGUCAUCAGGUGGUUCAAAGGAGAAGAAACGAAGUGUCCGUCGGCGCAGAAGGCCCAUAACUGACGAAUCUGUUAUUCAUGGGAAACGCAGGAAAAUUCAUGCCCCUCCAGAGGAACGCCGUUUUACCAGACCUAAUACAAGGGAAAGCAGACGCAAAAGAUCUAUAUCUCAAGAUGAAGAAAGGAGUUCUAAAAGGAACCCUCCAUCCAGACAUAAAUAA